GGCAGGAUGCUGAACGUGCCGCCGCAGGCCUUCCCCGCGCCCGGCUCCCAACAGCGGGCGGCCGCGGGCGGCCGCAUCAAGGUUCCUUUAAAACCAGGAAGGAGUCUUAUGGAUUGGAUUCGAUUAACUAAAAGUGGAAAGGACCUGACUGGUUUAAAAGGGAGGCUGAUCGAAGUGAGCGAAGAUGAGCUUGCUAAGCACAACAAGAAGGAAGAUUGCUGGAUAUGUAUAAGAGGACUCGUAUACAAUGUCACACCGUACAUGGAAUAUCAUCCCGGUGGUGAGGAUGAACUAAUGAAAGCAGCUGGAACUGAUGGUACAGAUCUUUUUGACCAGGUUCAUCGUUGGGUCAAUUAUGAAUCGAUGCUGAAGGAAUGUCUUGUUGGGAGAAUGGCUUUCAAGCCUAUUGCUGCUCCAAAAGACAUUUCUUCUACCCUGCCUGAAGAGAAAAAACAGCUUAAUGGUAUGCUCUCUGAGAGGGAAGUACUGGGUGCUUCUGCUAGAGAUACAACUCCAAGUUAUGACUGGUUUCAAACAGAUGAUUUGAUCACUGUUGUCAUAUAUACUAAGCAGAAGGGUAUGAAUGCAGAGUUGGUGAUAGUGGACUGUCAACACAAAAGACUAAGGGGAGAGAUCAUCCUGGAUGAUCAUUCAUAUCUUGUAGAAGUUGACUUGGAUCAUGAAGUUCAAGAUGACUUUGCUGUAAAUAUUGCUGAAAAAGUUGGGAAGGUAGAGAUUAUUUUGAAGAAAAAGGAUCAUAUUCAAUGGAAAGUGCUGGGAUUGCCUUUGGAGAGUCACAAUACACUUCUCAGGCGCACGGAAAGAGGAUUGUUCUACAGGAAAUGCAAGUUGGUUUCUAAGACAGAAGUUACCCAUGACACCAAGCUCUUCUGCUUUAUGCUGCCUAAGAGCACUCAUCUCCAGGUUCCCAUUGGACAACACGUUUACCUCAAACAAAUCAUUGCAGGGACAGAAGUAGUAAAACCAUAUACACCUUUAUUGCCUUUUUUGCCACUGGAUUUCAAAGAACCAUUUAGCCAGGAUGGUGCGCAUAUAUAUUUAAUGAUCAAAAUUUAUUCCUGUGGAUUGUUUACGCAGGCACUUGACCACCUACAAAUAGGUGAUGAUAUUUCUGUCAGCAGUCCUGAAGGUAACUUCAAGAAGUCACAAGUUGAAGCUCUAGAAGACCUCUUUUUAUUGGCAGCGGGCACAGGCUUCACACCAAUGGUUAAACUGCUGAAUUUUGCUCUGGCUAAAGUUGAUUGUCUCCGGUCUGUCAUUUCCUAUCUACAUUGAACGUGGAAUGCAAUCGAUUCUCUUCCUGUCUGCAAUAUCCUUUUGUAUAUGAAGCCAUAACAAUUUUAUUUCAGCCUUAUUUCGUCUCUUACUGGCCAGAUUGUAUUAGGACACAGUAUUCCUUUCAGAAGAAUAUUUGCACAAUUUUUUUCCUAUUUGAGAUUUUUGUUCCUUUUUACUCGUGCUGUAUUGCUACAAUCAGCUGGAUGCAUUUCAUAAAGAAGGUUGAGGCACAGAGGCACUAAGCACUCAGCAGAGGGCUAACACUUCUCUAGAACAGUCUGUUCUUCAUUCUCUUUGAUGGCUGUCUUGUUUUGUUUUUAGGUUUCAUUCCUAAAUUACCACAUCAAUUUUAUAUUCAUUCUUAAUACAGUGUUCCACUUUUGUCAGCAUUCUUUUCUGUUUUAGAAGCUGGUUUUACAACAUUCUGUACUUCUUCUUCCUCUGUGUUCAUGUAAGGAUCAUUUUUGUUCCUCUGUCUGUGCACCCUUCUUUAAGACCUUUCAUAGCAAUUUUCAGAGUUCAUUGUUAUCAUCCCCGGAUGAUGCGGUAUGUUUGACUCCCAUCAACUUUCAAAAAACUGACAGUUCCUCAUUCUUUUUCUGAUCUGAAGCUCCAUCAUUGUUCUCUCAAAUAUGUCUUCUCUAGCAAUAAGGAUCAUAUCUAAAUCUCUACAUCUUCCAUUUAGCUGCCUUCUCCCUCUUUUAUAGCAGUACUCUUAGCAGUUAAUUCCAAGUUUUGGGGGUAUUUAUUUUCUUUAUAACAUGUUCUGAGCAGCACUGCACCAGAUAAAUGUGUAUGCAAUGAGUACAGAAUAUCAGUAAGAGUGUGCAGAAUUAUUUCUUGCACAUCCCAGUUCCUACCUUUUUGCCCAAGGGAUAAAUUCUAUGGCUUUCCCAUGUGUGUUUCUGUUGACUCUUUUCCUCACCUGAGCAGUGCUUGAUGCGGUGGAGCAUCACCCCAGCUCUGGCAGCAUUGCAUUCUUGAAGUAAGCUUUACUUUCCAUGUUUCCAGGGAAGCAGGCACUGGGAACCUGGGUAAAGAACCCUGUGGUCUUUGGGUUAAUUUUAGGAUUUAAAGAUUCAUCAUGACUGAUUUGGGAAGGCUUUCCAGAGCUUGUAUACUGCAAGUUAUUUUGGUUUGUACUGCAUUUGAAACCUCUUGGUAAUGCUGUUGAUGAUUGGUAUUAUACAUAACUAUCAUACCUCAGUGCUGAAGUUUUGACAGCUGAAAAUGAAUGUGUUCUCUUAAGUAGAUGAUCUCUUACCUUUGCCAUCUGCUAUAGCUUUUAGGAGAUUUGCUGGUAUCUUGAAUUGUGACCAAACUGCAAAAGAGGAAAAAGGUUAAAAGACAGAAAAACGUGAUGUCUUCAGGGAGAACAUAGGCUUUUAAAUUGCAGUUAAGAAGCAGCUGGAGACCAUGUACUCCUCUCCACAGAAAUCCAGAAAUCCUAGCAUAUGUGACAUGAAUGAAAGAUGGCUCUGCAAGCUAACAAGUGGAGGAGAAGGGAAAUAAUAGCUUCAGUGCAGCUUCAUGUAAAAAUAAUGCUGUUGUUGGUCUCUUGGAAGCAAAGUUUUUUCCAUAUAGGAGAGUGUUGGGCACUGAACUAAAGUGGAGCUCAGGUUCACAGCUGUAGUUUUGCAUGAAUUAGGUUUCUUUGCUCCUAUAUGUUAGGGUUCUAUCUUCAGGAAUUUAGUAUUGACUUGAGCUUCUUGAAAUUCCACUUACAUAUACCAGCUUGCAGAGAUGUAACACGGAAAAGAUUGAUAGAGUUCAUUAAUGAUGUAUUAACUGCAGCAUUAGUGCUCAAACAGUAUUGAGAAACCACUAGAUAGAUCCUGAAAAGCAACUAGACUGUAUUCUCACUCGGGCCUUAGCAACUAUAAAAGACUUUAUUUUUCUAAAAACAGUGAUUCCUGAAGGAUAAGUUGCAACCAUAGGCAAGGUUAGGGGCAUUUAGAAGAGGGGGUCACAGUUCCAACAGAUUUAAAGUACAUCCAGAAAGAUUUAGUGGAUUAGUAGCAAAAAAUGAUUUAAGAAGAGAAUGGAAGAGUAUGGGUUUUUGUUUGUUUUAAUGUAAGAAGCUUCUUUAUAAUCCACUAAGUUCUGAUUCAUUAACAGGAACAACCUGCAGUUAUACUGUUUGUUUAUU